AUCGACGUUCUUAAUACGUACUCGAAGACUGUUGUGCGCUAAAUCGCUAAAUGCGCUGAUGUUUAUGUUGUACGCCAGGUGACGCAGAUGGUCAUUGCGAGCAAAAUGGCGGAAAGCAAUGACUUGUCAGCAUCCCAAACAGAGAAACUGCUACAAUUUCAGGAUCUCACAACGAUAGAAGACCUCGAAAGGUGUAGGGAAAUCUUGGACAGGCACAAUUGGGACCUCGAGGUCGCUGUUCAAGACACCUUAAAUAUCCAGGAGGGUUCACCGUCUGUCUACUUGCCACCUUCUAGUCGGCAACCAUCAGUAGUGGUCGAUCACGCGGACCAAAGGUUCUUCUACUCUGUCCAGAGCUGGCGGCCCAGUGGUCUUCUGGGAUGGGGCAAAUUCGUCAUCACCUUCCCCUUUUGCUUCGUCUACAGCACCUUGUUAAGCAUCAUGCGAUAUGCAUGGAGCAUCAUUUGGCCAGGACCAAGAAGAUUGGGCACAGAUCCCCUGGCUGAUGUAUUGAACUUUAUCCAAAGCUUUGAGACCAGAUAUGGGAGCAAUCAUCCAGUCUUUUAUCAGGGCACAUACAGCCAGGCCCUGAAUGAUGCAAAGCGUGAGCUGAAGUUCCUUCUCAUCUACCUGCAUGGCGAUGACCACCAGGACACGCCAAACUUUUGCAGGGAUGUGCUGUCGUACCAACCACUGGUGGACUUAAUCAAUGGCCACAUGCUUUUCUGGGCGUGUUCUGUAAACUACUCCGAAGGUUACCGAGUGUCACAGGCACUGCGGGAGAACACGUACCCAUUCCUGGCGAUGAUAGUUCUGCGGGACCACCGUAUGACGGUGGUCGGCCGCCUCGAGGGCCUUAUGGAGCCGGACACGGUUAUUGUGCGGCUGCAGCAGAUCAUGGCCGACAACGAGGCUGCCCUCAUAACAGCUCGCAUGGAGAGGGACGAGCGGUCCUUGACGCAGAGCCUGCGGCAGCAGCAGGACGAGGCCUACCAGGCCUCGCUGCUCGCUGACCAGGAGAAGGAGCGGCGGCGCCUAGAGGAGGUCAGGCGGCAGCAGGAGGAGCAGCAGCGCCAGCAGGAGCACGCCCUUCAGGAACAGCAGAAGAAAGAGGAGAUUCAGCGUAUGAAGCUUGAGCUGGUGGACCAGAUUCCUGAAGAGCCACCAGAUUCAGACCCUGGAAGCAUUCAUCUCGUCAUCAAGCUGCCAACAGGAACACGUCUCGAGAGGCGGUUCAGGCGGUCACAGUCACUCAAGUAUCUGUACUUUUACGUAUUCUGCCAAGCGGAUGCGCCCAACAGCUUUGAGAUCAUCACGAACUUUCCACGACGGACACUGCCCUGUGAGCCCACGCGCGAGUGCCCGGAGCCGCCAAGCUUUGCCGAGCUUGGACUUGGGAAGACAGAGACGGUAUUUGUCCACGACCUGGAGGCGUGAGCAUCACCUACUCGCAAGACUGUGCUCCAGCGCUCUAGGUUUUUUUCUUUCUCUUGCCACUGCCGCUGCUGCUGGUUCUCCCUGUUCUUCUGCUGGCAUAGCUGGUAAUGGUUGGCUGCACACAUCAAAACGCCUAUGUUUCAUCAUCGUUCUGGGCGUUAGUCGUCAUCAUCGUCGUCACGAGACCUCGUUCACUCUUGUGCCGUGCGCAGUUACAACUGUGAGUUCGUUCUCGGGCUGUCUUUGAGCACUCUCUUUCUCUCUCCUCUUUUUUCUUUAAUGUUUCAAGGGAUGGGGAAAACGUAGUUUCCUGCUGAGGUCACUGGAGGGAACUGGGAAUGAUGGUUAAUAUACAUGGAUGUGUCUGAUCUUUGUACUUGUGGCUUUGUUUUCUGUAUUUUAUCUGCCUUUAUUGGCCUAAAUUUUGAAACACUGCUAUUUUUCUAAACACACUAGGCAGUAAGAGUGCGAACCUGCAUAGUUGCUGCAAAUUGUGUCACUUAUAACUCUGUAUUAUUGUGGAAACGAUUCGUUAUCGAAGUCACAAAGCUGUUUGAAGCCAGAAGGACGAAAGAUAGGCAAAUUCGUGUUCCAACCAUGAUUCACAUGCUGGCUGAAUGGCUGCCUUUGCAGCUUUCCAUAGAUGCUGGCGCCAGAGAUCGCCAUGGUAGUUCUUGUAGGAAACUCUAUGGGGGAAAGGGCAGGGAACAAACACCAUGGAGUACUGCGUGCAACUGCAUCAUGAGGGGCUGCCGAAAAGCCAUGUGUGCAUUGUUGAUUUUUUUUUGUAGUCUCCUUUCUCCAGUUUUGCACCAUCUGAAUCCCACGGUGAGGUUCUGCUAGGAAGGCAUCUACUGCUCAGACCCCACAGCUCUGCCUUUGAGUUGCCACUUAUGAACUGGCAUAUGUUAUAACGAGCCUCUUACUUUUCGCUGACUGUGCUUUUGUCAUAAGGAUGCAAAAACACAGCAGCAGCUGCAUUUAAAUUAUGAGCUAUUUCGUAAAAAAGAGAAAAAAAUGUAAUCAGCUAAUCAACUGCCGUUGCAGGUUCACCUCAGUAGCAGUGAAGGUUGUUGUUACUCUCAAGAUGUGCAUGGUGUUUGCCAAAGACAACAGAUAAUCAAGGCCUGUUUAUUAUGCACAACACUGUAGAAAAGAUGCUUGUAGGAUUUUUGUGGGGUUCUUUUUUUCAUUCUGUCUUCCAGCUUUAGGUGCUCAGGAGUUCAUCGAAAAAAUAGUAAUUCGUGAGUCUGAACCCUGUGCUACCUGCCUUUGGCAACUUGGUUUCUCCAGGUUGUUUAGGAAUUUUGUUGUCAUUUGUUUAAAAAAAAAAACAUCUUGUUUGACUUAGCAAAUUACAUAGGUAACUAGCACUUGCCAAUUUAUUAGAUUUUCUUGUAAUACUAUUUUGGGGGGCACUCAUACAUUUCCACCGCACUCAAUCUCUUAUCUCUAUGUGCCUGUAUUAAAUGACAGGAAGUGUUUCUCACAGAAAUGGAAAAGCCUUGUUGGCGGCGUAACUGCAACAGUGGCCUCUGCAGGGUGUCGUAAUUGUUUCACCUGAGACAUUUAUUUACAAGUAGCUGUAUGCAAAGCCAGAGCAACAACUGUAUCAGUUUCCCAACUGUCUGGCUUGACGUUGGCUGUGGGAAGUUUGAAAUGUAUUUUUCUUUCUUUCUUGCUGGUAUGUCAACCUUACGAGGAUUGAACAGUUAGUGUAAGCCACGACAAAGGAAAGGUUGAGACCAGGUGUUAAACAUACUCGGGCUUGCCUCAGUGUCAGAGCUCCGCUUGCUGCAAAAGCAUGCAGGCCACAUUGUGUGUGGUCAGUAUUGACUUUGAGUCGUGUAGUGGGAUAUUAUCACACUCAGUGCUCCGUAAAGUUCGUUGAACGAGAAGUAAUUAUGUCUUCAUUGUCCACAACUCCGAAUGCCCCAGUUUGGUAAAAGCACUCCAUGGACUUUGAUGCGUCCUUGCGUUUUACGUCGUCAGCAGUGCGUUUUCUACAGUUGUAAAACAGGUAGGGAAUGUUGCAAGGCAUGACGAAAAUUUCUAUCUGCCAUGCUGUGUUUGCGGCAAGUGUAUCUACGAAGUCAUAGCACUCUAAACUGAACGCAAAGUUCAGUUUAGAAGCUAUUUUUUUUUGUCAUAACAGAAAUGGCUUUGUGACAAGACAUCAGGUGUACAGAAUAAGUUGAUGUUUUAGCCAGGAAACUGGCUUUAUUUUGACCAGUGGAUGACAGAUUCGACUACUGCGGUUUCUGUCUCUACGAUAAUGUACGGCAGCAAUGCAUCACAGAACGAUCACAUAUUGUGACAUCACAAUGGAAGCAUUUUCGUUGUACUGUUAUUAAACUGAUUGCAAAGCCUAGCAGCAGCUCUAGCAGCACACAAUUUGUCUUUAUACAUCUGACAAAAGCUACGCAAUUUCUUUUUAGGGAGAAAAAUCUACUAGUGAAAGCUCAUGCAGCCUAACUGUGCUUGCAGGGGUUAUGUCCUUGAUUAUGCAAUGUUGUGGCAUGUACAGUACGAAGUUGACAAUGUUGCACAAAGUAUGAUACGCCUGCUGCUUCUGCACCUUUUGUUUAUAGCAUCUUCAUCACUUUGACCUCAAGAUGUUGUGAAUAGAAAAUUUGAAAUCUGCAAGCGAAUUUUUUUUUUAAUUUUAACUAUGCGCUAAAGUUUUGACCAAGUUUGUCAGAGCUUUGUCAUGACCUCGCCGAGUACUCUGCAAAGUUAGUUUUUCUUUAUGUGAGCAUUGUUCAUUUGAAAUUUUUUGAUGCUAUGCCCUUUAGGUUUCCUGCUCCCCCACUGUCACCGACAACAAGCAGUGUGAUGUAAUUAUUUAUAUGGAGCUGUAUCUACAAGAUUUAUAGAAAGAGAGAAGCUUUGUGGCCUCCGUGAGUACAAGUGACACACAAGUUAUGCGUUGUCCAGCUACUGACGUAGCCGUGAGCUCAGCUGAUGUGCCUGAUUUUUACAUCAAUAAAUAAAUGGAAUACUGUGUA